AAAAAAAUGUCAUUAGAAGAGGCGUAACACGUCAGUCCGUCCCCAGGUUUGUUUCCUGGAGUGUCUGAAAGAGAUCAGUCCUAACCUGCCCUAGCAGGAAUAACGGUCCUUCUCGAACCACUAUUUCUAAGGCUUUAUUAUCAUUGCAAGGAUCCCUGCACAUUUCUCUCCACAAUUGCUUACCGCUGCAGUCUCGUGUUACCACUACAACCCGAAGUCAACCGAAAAGAUACUACUAUAGGAAAUCAGAUAUUGAGCCUGCGUGUUGCUGCUGCUGCUGAUUCAAGGAGUCGAGUCCAUGCGAGCUGCCAUCUGAUCCACUCUUAUCAAUGAAGCACGAGAUCAUGGCGGAUGGCCCCAGGUGUAAGAGGCGAAAACAAGCCAAUCCAAGAAGGAAAAACGAAGCAGCGUUGAAUUAUGAGAAUGUGAUGGAUACUGGUUCAGAGACAGAGGAUGAGGACAAGCUGUUGGUAUCGGAGGAGGACGGCCUACUUAACGGGGUGGGCAGCCCUGCCAGCCUGAACAACCACGACGCUGGAUCCCCGAGGGUGGGCCACACCCUGAUGACAAAGGAGGAUGAGGACGAUGACAUGAGGGACAGCGGAGUAGACCAUGUCUGGCAUGACAACGACAUGCUGCACGCCUCAGUCGACGGUACUGAUGAAAUUAAAGAUGAUUAUGACACUAUGGGGCCUGACGCCACUCUUCAGACAGUUGGAAACGGUACAGUUAAGAAUGUUGUUGAUUGCACUUCRGAGUUUGAGGAGUUCUUCGCUAAGCGUAGCAAGCUCCAGGAGGAGAGCCACGUGGUCAGCAUCGCUGAGUACCUGCAGCGGGGRGACACUGCCAUCAUUUACCCAGAAGCACCCGAGGGAGAGGAGCUGUCCCGUCUGGGCACGCCCGAAGCAUCUGAAACAAACGGCCAGGAGGAAAAUGACCUGCCACCUGGAACUCCAGAUGCUUUCGCCCAACUGUUGACCUGCCCCUACUGCGACCGGGGUUACAAGCGCUUGACAUCGCUCAAGGAGCACAUCAAGUACCGCCACGAGAAGAACGAGGAGAACUUCGCCUGCCCCCUGUGUAACUACACGUUUGCUUACCGCACUCAGCUUGAGCGACAUAUGGCCACGCACAAGCCCGGUAGAGAUCAGCACCAACUGCUGAACCAGGGGGCUGGCAACCGCAAGUUCAAAUGCACAGAAUGUGGCAAGGCCUUCAAGUACAAGCACCAUCUGAAGGAACACCUGCGGAUUCACAGUGGUGAGAAGCCAUACGAAUGCCCGAACUGCAAGAAGCGCUUCUCCCACUCAGGCUCCUACAGCUCUCACAUCAGCAGCAAGAAGUGCAUCGGCCUUAUCGCAGUCAACGGGAGGAUGCGCAACAACAUGAAYACAGGSUCAUCCCCUACGUCAGCCUCGUCCUCCCCCACUAACACCGCCAUCACCCAGCUGAGACACAAGCUAGAGAACGGAAACGGAAACGGCAAGCCCCUGGGCCACCACCAGGACCAGAACAACCACCACCUGAACAUCAAAACAGAACCACUAGACUUCAACGACUACAAACUCAUGAUGGCCUCCCAUGGCUUCGGCGCACCUGGGCCCUUCAUGAACGGAGGGAUGGGCGGAAAUAGCAGCCCGCUAGGGAUCCACUGCUCAGCCCAGAGCCCCAUGCAGCACCUGGGGCUGGGGAUCGAACAACAGCUCCUGGGCUACCCGUCCCUGAGCAACAACCUGAGCGAGGUCCAGAAGGUGCUCCAGAUCGUGGACAACACUGUGUGCAGGCAGAAGAUGGACUGCAAACCGGAGGAGAUCUCCAGGCUCAAGGCUUACAUGAAGGAGCUCGGGAACCAGAUCGAGGAGCAGAAACAGGGACUGACGUCACAGGGGGGUCACCAGGUUGGUCUUCCAGUCGUCAGCCAUAACGGUGCCACUAAAAGCAUCAUCGACUACACAUUAGAAAAAGUGAACGAAGCCAAAGCUUGUCUCCAGAGCUUGACCACGGACUCAAAGAGACAAAUUAGCACUAUCAAACGUGAGAAAUCCAACCACAUGCUAGAUUUAGGUACAGAGGAUAAGAUGCACGAGAACAACAUUAUGUUUACACCCUUUUCUUGCCAAUACUGCAAAGAAGCCUUCCCAGGUCCAAUUCCCUUGCAUCAGCAUGAACGUUACCUGUGUAAAAUGAAUGAGGAGAUCAAGACAGUUCUCCAGACUAGCGAGAACCUUAUGCCCACAAAACAGGGGAUGUUUACGGAGAAGCAUGCCCUCCUGCUCUCGUCCAUGCUGUCUGAGAAAAGCCCCAUCAACCCAUACAAGGACCACAUGUCAGUGCUCAAGGCCUACUUCGCUAUGAACAUGGAGCCCAAUUCAGAGGAACUACUGAAGAUCUCCAUAGCGGURGGCCUUCCUCAGGAYUUCGUCAAAGAGUGGUUCGAGCAGAGGAAAGUCUACCAGUACGGCACCCCAAGAACUCCACCACUAGAACAACAACGGAACAACCAUGCAGAUAUGGUUCUAGCCGCAAACAACCACAACCACACUCCCACUAAAGACUCAAUGGCAGCUAGAUCCCCAGUGUCCCUGAUCAAGUAUAAUGACCGGGACCGCAACCGSGACCACCGUAUCACGUCCCCCUCCAUUGCAGAGCUCCAUAACAACGUCAACAACUGUGAGAACCAACUCAGACUCAUGAAAGCCAACACGUUCAGUGGACACACCAAACACAUGGGUGACCACUCCAAAUUGGACCACCUCUCCAGGAGCAGCACACCUUCUCCUUUGAACCUUUCCUCCACAUCUUCCAAACACUCCCAGAGUAGCUCAUAUACUCCAAACAGCCUGAUGUCUGAGGACCUGAACCUCAACAUGAACCUGUCUGAACAACCACUGGACCUGUCACUGCCAAAGCUCAUGAAGGAGCCCAAACACGCCAUGACCGUGAAGAGCAGGCCUAAACUAAACAGUAUUAARCACCAUGACCACUCCAGUGUWCCCUCCCCACGAGAACACUUCGAAGAGCCACUUAACCUGGCCUAUCUCAAGAAGGAGUUUGAAGGCAGAGGCCAGAACCACCUCAAUGGAGACUUCAACAAAAGCACCAGCCCCUUGUUCGGGAUGAACCCCUUCGGUGCCAAACCUAUGUACACGUCGCUUCCGCAACAGACCGCGUUCCCACCUGCCACCUUCAUGUCUCCAAUGCAGGCCAGCAUGCCUGGGCUGAGGCCAUACCCAGGGCUGGAUCAGAUGAGCUUCCUACCACACAUGGCCUACACUUAUGCAACAGGAGCAGCUACCUUUGCUGAAAUGCAGCAGCAGCAGAGGAGAAAAUACCAGCGAAAGCCUGGUUUCCAGGGGGAGCUGCUAGACGGAACAGCAGAUUAUAUGUCAGGACUGGAUGAUAUGACCGAUUCAGACUCCUGUCUGUCCCGGAAGAAGAUUAAGAAGACAGAAAGUGGUAUGUACGCGUGUGACUUGUGCGACAAAACAUUCCAGAAGAGCAGUUCCCUCCUAAGACACAAAUAUGAACACACAGGUAAACGGCCACACCAGUGUCAAAUCUGCAAGAAGGCAUUCAAACACAAGCACCACCUCAUAGAACAUUCACGACUGCACUCGGGCGAGAAACCGUACCAGUGCGACAAGUGCGGGAAGCGCUUCUCUCACUCGGGCUCCUACUCCCAGCACAUGAACCACCGUUACUCUUACUGCAAGAGGGAGGCCGAGGAGAGGGAAGCGGCCGAGAGAGAGGCCCGGGAGAAGGGCCACCUAGAGCCCACAGAGCUACUAUUGAGCCGGGCCUACUUACAGGGCAUGACUCCUCAGGGCUACCCCGACCUGGAGGAGCGCGAGGGCAUUCUGAGGGAAGGAGGGAUGAACGGAGGGAUGAACGGAGGCAUGAGAGAUCGUCAGAAGGAAGUUGAAGGAACGUACGCGAAAAUAGGACGUAGGGAAGAGGAUUUUGAGGAGGAGGAAGAGGAGAGCGAGAACAAGAGCAUGGACACAGAUCCAGACACGUUGAGGGAUGAGGAGGAGAACGGCGAGCACUCAAUGGACGAUAGUUCGUUGGACGGGAAAACAGAAACCAAAUCGGAUCACGAGGACAAUAUGGAGGACGGCAUGUAAUAAAACUACUGCAUUUAAAAAGCUUCCCAUCUUACUUUUCUGUUCAGUAUUGUUACCUGCUUGGUUUUAAAACGCUGCUGAGUUGAAGCUGUACAUGCACGUGCCUGAAGCUUCUAGGAAGCUUUGUAUUGAAGGACUCAAGGGGUGGUGGUUGUAUAUGUCUGCCCAAGGAGACAUUGAUUUGAAGUUUGAUUUUGGGGUGGGGUGGGGUGGGGGGGGAGAAUUGUGGAAGAAGAGGCUGCAUUAUGCAAAAAUGAAAAARGAAUAAAUUAAUACAUUUAAAAUAUUGUACAGUAUUAAGGCCUAAAAAUAUGUGUGGUGCUAACAUCCUAAAAACUCUGUGUUCCAUAGUCUUUAUAGCACAAACUAGUGACUUGUACAAAUUGCACUUCGCUUCUAUAAUCACUACAAAAAUAAUAAAAAAGUAUUGCCUAUGUAUAUAUUUAUACAGUGUUGAAAAAAGKAGUAGUSWCCACYCUACAGUCCAUCAGUUGUAUUACUUAUCUUUCACUUAAUGUGUUGUCUAUAGUUUUGCCCUGURGUCAGGCCAGCUAGCCACACAGUUUUAGGCCUCKGKAUUUCUCUGUGAAGGAACUUAACAGAUAUUACCUGUUUGAUUUUAAGAUAKUGAAGUCUUAAAGAGACCUUGAAAUGAAGGGYAAACGGUUUGYCAGUACAGUACAGUAGAUGGAAGGAUCGUGUGAACAAUMAAGGAGAAAGCCUUUGUAAGGUGUUUUUGAUAAGAAAAAGCCUUAUAUGCAAACCUUUUAAUCUGUGUGUUUCUGCAAGUGCCAUCCUUGUAUUGUGUGAAAGGAGGGUGACACARGUUACCUCUUCACCAGCUUCGGUAUUAAGAGAUAGCUCACCUUGKUCUUUSAAGCACCCAUGUCAGUAUUAGMACACUAGGCAGCAGRUCCUUAGUUUACAUAUGUCUGUGCAAUUUUCAGGUUUAUUUCAUUAACUUUUGUCAGUAUUACACCAAACYAUUUUUUGAAACAACAAAAUUGCAUUCAUUUUGUUUGUAGGUUGAAUAACAUUUUAUUUAUGUGGCCCAUUUUAUAUUUCCUAAUUUUAUUUAUUUCAUACUGUAGUGUACAGUAUUAUAGUUCUUCAAUAUAUAGAUAUAUUUUAGUAAAAAUGAACUUGGCGUUGAUCAUUGGGGCAAAUUUUACGUAAAGAGAGCAUUUAUUGUGUUUUGAAACAUUAAUUGUGAAAUGCGAAUUUUCAACUAUAUUAUUUUGUUUUAUUUCCUUUAUUUUCCAAUUACUGGAAAUUCCAAAUUUGGGAACUUUUAUACAAUAUUGUGAAAACACUGUAUUUUUAACGAAAAAAAUUCCACUUUCUUCAUCUUUUUUUUUUUUUGCUAAAAAAAUGAAGAGGGACUGUUAAGAUACAAUGUAUGACACCAUGACUGAAGAAAAUCUUUCCUGAAAUGUCUUUGUAAAAGUAUUAUUGAAUUUUUAAUUUGUAAUUUCUCUUGGAAAUGACCAUGCUCGAAUAAAAGUAGCCAAAUUACAGAACACAAA